CCGCAGCGAGCAGAAGGCAACAUGCCGGCUGGGAGGCAGCGGGUCUUUGAAGUCUCCGCGAGAAACGGAGGCAGCGGCGGGCAAUGGGUGAUCGUUGCGCCAGAAUCUGCUACUAAUCUGCCGAAGAAGCCGGGCUCUGAGCCUUUAUUUACAAAACUGCGUAAUCCAAGUACAGGACAAGCAGCCCUUUACUUGUUUGGAAGUGAUGGCUGUCAGGUGUUUGAAGUGAAAGCUUUUCAUGAAGAAUACCGGUCGUGGUUUAUAGGCGAAGCUGUUCAACAUGAUGGACGGCUAUUAUUUGCUACACCAGUGGAUCCCUUAUUUCUUUUGUUGUUUUACCUUACCAAGGCAGAGAAAGAGCAUGGAAAGUUUCAGCCUUUGGAUCAGUUCCUGGUAGAUGAAGAGUUCUCUUCCUGUGCAAUGUUGCUAAACUGCAAGAACAUUUCGCAAUCUGUUCACCACCUAGUAGAUGAAAAAGAAAUAGGUGGCAGAAAAUUUUAUAAAUACAGCGAGGAGAAAGCACUGAAGUGGCUGAAGAAGAAGUUCGACCAGACUGUCAAAGUGUUAAAAGACAAUGACAUACCUGUGGGUGGAAAGGUGCAGUCUGCUACAUUUAUCAGCGGCAAACAGAACACGGAUGCCACUGAAGAGGACUAUAUUCGCUAUGCUCAUGGUUUAAUAACUGAAUAUAUUUCUGAAGAUCUGAGUACUGCACUAGCUAAAUAUUUAAGACUCCCACAAAUUGCAAGUCCUCCAGCGGAGCCAGCAUCAAAGAUGUCUGCUCGUCACCAGAGGAAGAGAUGAAGGGAAUGAAAGGAAAUGUGGAUGCCUUGUUUUAAUGUGGAACAUUCCUAAAGCCAUCUUAAAGAGAUGCAAAUUGUAUUGUUAGAAUCUGUUAUCCAGGUGAGAUUUGCUGGUAGAGCUGGAAUUCGAUGAGGUCAAUUUCCCUUCUGGUAUGUGGUUGCAAUCUCUCGCUUGAAGUUCUAGAUUUUGAUCUAGUACAAUUAUUCCUUGUCCUUUGAGCAGUUCUGGCUUGGUGCACUUUGUCUGCUUACUGCUGUCUGCUUCCAGCACUCAUAUCGAGGGGCUUGUCCACAUGUGAGCAUUAUUUAUCUGCUAAUCUACUUUCCCCCAUUCAAAUUAACUUGGAGUAUUCCACACUUGUGCAUACUUGAAUUUGUUUCUGAGGUGAAACCUGAGUCUUUUGCAUUCCUUUUGUGUUUGAAUCCAUCUUCUCAUUCAUUAUUAUGCCAAUUUGUCAGUUUAUCCCCAUGUUGGGCGAACACAAAUUUAUUGGGGGGGGGGAGCAUCAAGAUUUGUAUUACUUGAGGGUAAUGUUCUGGUACUAUGCAAAUUACAUGUGAACGCAAACACACAGCAAAUGUUAGUAUGGACAAGCUGUAGGUAAAGCACAACAUCUAACCUUUGUGCCUGUGGGAGGAAAGGUAAUUGAAGGACCACUUGCUCCCAAAUAAACUUGCCUGUAUGUUGCUGCCUUCAAAAUAGAGGCAGAUGACAACAAGAGACAGGGCCUUUUCUGUGGUGGUUCCCUAGCUGGAGAAAACUCGGAGAUAUUUGGCUUGUGCCUGCUUCACUAACUUCUUAAACUUUGAAAGGUUGAUAUAUUAUUACAGUUUCUUGCACUACUUGUACUACUGUUCUGAUGGCUGGGUGUGUGCUUUUCUUCUUCCUUAUUUUUAGCAAUAAGGAAAAAGACUUUUUUAAGCAAUUUAAUCUUAAUAAUGUUAUUUUUUUAUUGGUUUUCUGCCAUGGAAACUUCUGUUGAAAGUUGAUAUGUCAAUUUUAAAAAGUAGUUUAAUAAACCGGGGACUAUGUAAAUAACAUUUUACCCUGGAUUAUUCCCUUCACAAUAAAAAUGCACUUUCCCCCACAUGUGAUUCCUAUCUUCCCUUAAGGCAGGUGUUUUGUUGUGGCAAUACUGCACUUUCCUAAAACUCACAUUAUUAUUUGUUUGAGAAAAAUAGAAUUAUUAGCAGCUAUGUGCUGUUUCUCUACCUGAGCAAACUCCAGUGUACCUUAUUUAGAAGAAAGUACAAACCGUAAAACUUCCCACUGUCCUUCACCAGGUCAUCUUGUUUAAAUGUGUGUUUGGUCAAUUUUUCUUCAGUUUUUUGGAUCUGUCCUGGAUCUGUUUGAUAGGACACCUCUAUCACCCUAGGCACGUUUAUACAGAACUAUGUCAUGUGUUCAAGAGGGUUUACUCCUUAGAAUGGAUUUCAGGCCUAGUAUUCUUGGGAUAUCAGGCACCAAAAAGUGUCUUGUGCAAGUUAAAGUCAAAAUGUAAGUGAGAUGUGCUUUGACAGACCAAGGAUAGGAUUGCACCACACAUCUUUCCAGUUCGCUGCAAGUGGGCUGAAUUAUGCAAGUUACAGAGUGGCAUUUGUGUCAUGGAAUUCUACUAAAUAUUGAUCCAGAGCAGAUUCCAUUGGAUAGUUAGCAGAGUCAAAACUUUAACACGUUGCAGCAUUCCCGAAAAAUAGACCAGAGGCAAUUAUAUUUCAUGCAGCAGAGCUUUACUGCUACUGAAGGCAAAUGAGCAUAAUGGUCAACAAAUCCAAUACAUUCAGGAUUGGCACUGCCCAUAAGAAAUCCAGUUGCAGCAGACUUAACUUAAAUUUACAAUAAGUCUAAACCUUAGCACUAAGCAUAUUGUGUACAGAACAUCACACCAGAAGGAAAAGAGAUAGAAAGAGGAGUACAGCUCCUCCUGAAAUUUACCUCAGGAAAUGGGAAACACAACAGCUUCUUACCAGCUUACCCACUUGCUUAACACCCCAGGAACACCUGGCACAGUCAUCAUGGCAUUAAAUAAACAAUGUAAAUUACCAACAGUUUGCUCUGACAACUCAAUAAGCUACGUGUCUCAUCGUUCGUUGAGCACCAGCAGAAGUGCUAAAUCUUAUUUCAGAAAGUGCCAGGAGUUGGUAAUUGGGUCCAUGCUGAUUCUAAACAAGGGCUCUUGGGAAGGAAAGGUAUUGGGCAUACUGAAUCACAAGAUAGGUGGGAGAGAGAUUUUUAGUCCCUAAUGCCACCUGAAAGGUGAGCUAGUGCACUGCCAGUUGCCCUUUGCCAAUUAUUAAUGGUAGCUUCCCUAAGGAAGCCUGAGGAGAAAGUUGUCCAUGUGGUAUUCAGCCCUUUGCAGUCCCCAAAUCGCUGAUCACGAAAAGACUUGCCAACUGCAAUUAACAGGGAGUUGCUAAUGUUUUGACACUUGAGGUGUAUGCUUUUAGGACCUGCCUUAUUUUUGUAAAAUGUUAACUCAUUUUAAACUGCUUUUGAUACCGUGUGAUAAUGCUUUUUAAUAUUAGUGUUGUGCUUUAAUUGUUGUAACCUGCCCUGAGACCUUAGGGUGCAGGGUGGAUAACAAAUGGUAAUAAUAAUUAUAGUAAACAACAACAACAACAGCCACCACCAAGCCAUUUAAGGGAAAGACUCAGACAGAGGUUUUUUGUGAAUAAAAAAAGUAGGGGUGUGGGGUUUUUUUGUUGUUGUUGUU